AUGUCUUUACCAAUGUCACCUGUUUCACCAAUAAAUACCAGCACACCUAGUUCCACAACUAAAACUAAAACUACAACACCUCCAUCACCACCAUCACUGAUUGAACACUCUUCACAUCCAUUAACAUCAUCAAUAUCAAAUAAUUCCAUCGCGAGUGAUUCAUCUCUAGAUAGUGAUACAUCUGCCACUAGCACAACCACCAAUUAUGGAACCAAAACUCCAUCAGGAAAUGCUCGAAUUUUCAACUGUAAAUUAUGCCAACGAGCAUUCACUAGAGAAGAACAUCUUACUCGACACACUUUAUCGACUCAUAAUAAAUUGAAACCAUUUACUUGUGGUAUUUGUAGUCGACCAUUUUCUCGAAGAGAUUUAUUAUUACGACACGCUAAAAAUCUACACCAAGGAAGUGAAGUUGCCGUCAGUAGAAUUAGAAAAAGUUAUAAACAUUGCAAUAAAGAUAAUGAUAGUAAGAAUAGUUCUGAUUCUAAUUCAAUUAGUAACAAGACAACUAAGUAUGGUAAGAAACAAGAAGUUGAAGAAGACGAAGAAGAAGAAGUGAAAAGUGAUACUAGCAGUGGAGCUGAUGACGAAGAUAGUAAUUCCAGCAACGGUGGUGGUUCUAAUUAUCAUGCUAUUAGUAAUGGAAACAAGCGAUUUGUUAAUAAUAAUCCUCAACUCAAAAGAAACAUGACUAAUGGGUCUGCACUGUCUACUACUAAUACUACUAUAAACACCACCAUUCCUAUUUCUACUAAUAAUAAUACUACUUCAAUAUCAAAAUCAUCAUCUAGUCAUAUCCGACAACGUCCUUUAAAUGUUGAAGAUUAUGAUACCCCGGAGAAGAAAAGAUUGAAAAUGUCGGUCAAUAUGUUGGUGAGCUAA